AUGAGUAUCGAAUCACUGGCGUUUAAGGAUUKGCUCAAAGCCGAAGGGCUUGUUCACACUGCCAACGUCAAGCAGAAUUUUGACGACUCAAUCAUCGGAUUCGAAGCCGAAGACUACCUUAAUUCAAUUCUCACAAACACCACAACCCGAGAGCCUCUUCUGCCGGCACUUGGUGGCCUACCGUUUGCCCUCCAGCACCAUGUUGACUCAGAUCUCGACCGUCUCGAGGCCGCAGGAAUCAAGCCAUACUUCAUUUUCAACGGCUUGGUCACCGCGUGUAGAGACCGCCGAAGUGUUCUCAAUGAAAGCUCAAAAGCUGCCGUAAUACUUCACGAUGCGUGGACAGUCUACGAUCAGGGCCGAGGAGAUGAUGCCGUGACAGCAUUCGGCAAGGCUUGCACCUACCGCACCUCACACAUUUUACGGUGGCUUUUCCACCAUCUACACAAGAGGGGCAUUUCGGUUGAAGUUGCGCCAUAUAAUGCAUCUGCACAGCUGGUAUACCUGGACAAGGAAGGACACAUCAGCGCUUGUUAUGGUUCGGCAUCAUGCUUGGUAUUUGGCGCCGACAAGCUCGUGAUCGGUUUCGACUGGGAAAACCAGCAAGCGUCUUGGGUAGUCCUGGAAGAAAUUCUCACCAAACUCUUGAUGACCCRCGCACAGUUUGUGGACCUGUGCCUGCUAUCUGGAUCGAGUAUCCUGGCCACCAUGCCCGAAAUUGACACGAAUGUCUCAGGAUCCAAAAUGAACGCCGCGAGAGCUGUGAUGAAUCGUGCCAAUCAAGACGGCAUGUUGGCUUGUAUACAAGCCAAGAAUGACGACUAUGCCAACAUUUUCCGCAAGGCCAAAUCUGCGGUAAGACACAUGGUCGUUCAUUAUWCAAAUGGCGAAAUCAAACCGCUUGACGCGGAUAAUUUACCUGGAGACGCCCACGAAUUCAUCGGUACUCGUGCUGCAGAGGAAGUGACAGCCUWCCACACAUACGGACUGCUCGGAUCGCGUCUUCUUGGUGCACGAAUGAAUCAAGAGAUCCUUGAGACCCAGCCUCUGGACGGCGGUAGCUCCAAGGCAUAUCAGGAUCUCGUCCAAGAUAAACUGCGGCCGAUGCGGGCGAGAUCGAUGACGAUGAUGACCACGCCCUUGCACCGCUUCUUCCAUAAGAAGGAUGUCAAUCUUACCUGCUGGUUCAACGAGGGUGGCGCCAAGCCGCUAGGAAUCGACCCAGGUGCGGACGGCGUCAAGGAUGCCGAAACCUGGCACGUGAGAGAGGAAAUGGUGGCACAGUCUGCAGAGGCCAAGGGAAUCGACCCCCACAAAUCGCCAAUUCAGUAUGCCAUCGCCGUACUGUCAGAUGAUGCUUUGGCCAAGACGACCGUCACUCAGAAGAAAGAGGGAGAACAUUCGGUGAUUACCAAGACUUCGGAGCUGCUCUCGAACACGGUAUGGCGGUUCCUCCAAGACCGCGGGUACAUCAACUCGAAUCACACUCUGUCGGCCUGGGGCAAAGCACUCAAGGCCGCAUUCGAUCGUGCCAGUAGUGACGACUACUUGGCCAAGACACGUCCUGUCAGCGAAGCAGAGGAGGCCAUUUUCGUCGCCUUUGAGCUACUGCGUCUUGAUCUGCUCAACUCCAAUCAGUUCCCAAUGCCACCUUACUCCGGGGCUCCUAUGCGUGGCACUGAGAUUGACAAGGCACACACUCUUCUCGUGAGUCGGAUAGCAUGCCUUGGCACUUUCCAACACGAUCAAAUUGGCUACACUGGUCCGCUCUCGAGAAAUUUGCUCGGAUAUCAACAGCUAGCGGCUGCUGUGCGCAACAGCCUCCGCGAUCUUACCGAGUCUCACAUGUGCUACAUGCUGCUGAGCGGUAGUGUCGGGCGUACAAGAGCUGCAGCCGACUACAAAGACGUUGCCGGUCGGCUUCCGUUUGGCAUCGAACCAGAUAUCGGCUUGGCGUUGGUCGUGAAAUCCCAUUUGGACGAGCUUUCGAACGACCGCCGAUCCGACAUUAAGCGUUGGUUCAAUCACGCCCACAACAUUGAUGAGGAUCUCCAAAAGGCCUGGAAGAUGUGGGAUGCCAUCAAUGCCGGAAUUCAAGCUGCUGAUAGCGCAAUCGUCAGCUCCGAGACCAAGACUGCCUUUCAUAACACGGACAGCUGGCUCAAGGAGAAGCGUGAAACGCCCGUUAUACAGAAUGAGCUCUAG